AUGGCCACGGCGUGGAAUGCUCUGCAUUCGCCAAGUCCGUCGCUAGAAGCAUGUAGGAGCUACAUUCACUUUUGUUUCCGGGAUUCUAACUCGGUGUCAGUGCAAAAUGACCCAAAGUUUAAGAAGUACACGACAGCAAUUGAGAAGUGUUUGACGUCCUUCGACAACGUGCAUGAAUGGGCCGACUUCAUCUCCUUUCUGACACGACUCUUGAAAACGAUGCAACUGUAUAUGCAGUUUAAGGAGAUCCCUCGGAAAGUCAUUGUUGCAAAGCGGCUUGCCCAAUGCCUCAAUCCUGCGCUGCCCACAGGUGUCCAUCAAAGAGCGCUUGACGUAUACUCCCACGUUCUUGCUCUCCUCGGUCCUGCUGGUUUGAAGCGCGAUCUUGCUAUUUGGUCGUUGGGGUUAUUUCCGUUCUUUGAAUAUGCUGCAACUUCCGUCAAGCCGACACUCCUGAAUCUAUUCACGAUGCAUUACAUCCCGUUGCAAGGCGCGCUUCGUCCCGCCAUGAAAGGUCUAAUUGUUGCUUUAUUGCCUGGGCUUGAGGAAGAAACUGGCGAGUUCUUCGAUAAGGUCCUAAAUCUUCUUGGCCAACUAGCGGAAACUGUCUCGGAGAGCUUUUUCCUCGAAAACAUCUGGCUUAUUCUUUUGACCGUGCCAACAGUUCGGGGCCCGGCUCUAAAUUUCUUGUCCAGGCGAUUGUCAAUGUUGCAGCGUAUGCGUCUAUUGCGUCCUGUUAAGGGCACCGACGUCGGGCUUAUGAUUCGUGCUUUUGCAGCUGCUCUCGAGGAUGAGCAUCUUUUGGUCAAACGCGGUGUUUUGGAUCUUCUCGACCAAUCGUUUCGGAUUGAUGGUGCUGCUUUCAAGGGUGCACCCUCGGAGGACCAGACGAUCCUCAUGAAGGCCACCAUAGGCGUCGUGCUACGGAGAGAUCUUACUCUUAAUCGUCGUGUUUAUCAUUGGCUUGUUGGGUCCAAAGAUGAGACAAGCGAGAAUCAAGUGGCAUACCUAAAGACUCAUUCUUUGGAUCUCCUCGCAUCGACCUUAAGGAAAGACAUAUAUGGUUCUCCAAUGAACUCAAAUACCGUAAGAUCUUAUAAGAUCUUCAUUUCAUUCUUGGACAAAUGGGAGAUCGGAAAUCUGCUGACUGAAAAACUUAUCCUUGACGCAUUUCGAGCACCCUUUGCUGCAGGGAAAGUAGAUGGAAGGCCAGAUCCUGAGCUAGCCGCCGCAGCAAAUGAUGUGUACGAACGCGCGGAGCUCUUGAUUGUGUGGAAAGAGUUGCUUGCUUCCAUGUUAUCGUCCAUUCACUCAGGCUCUGUUGUGCAGCAGGACUUGGACGUCUUGCGGCUCGUGGUUAUGGACUUCCGAAGUCAUGAUGAGGAAGCCAGGAGGGUACACCUACCCCUCUAUCUUUCCGCGGUCAUUCAAAUAGCGUUUGUGGAUAUGUCGGCAAGGUCUCUGGUUGAAUGGGAAAAUGGGGAUUCUGGACUGUCUCCUAUUCCACUAACGAGGGCUAAGCAAUUAUACGGUCUCAGGAUUGAAGGCGAAGACGAAGACGAUGGUGGCAACCUCCUCAUGCCGAUUACGCCAAUCUCUUCAUCUUUCCAAUUAUUGUUGAAAUUGAGUCGUGAAUGUGCUUCAGAUCUCUCGGGAGCGACAAGUGACAAAAAGGAGCUUUUCUCGUCUCUGGGGAGCAUGCUCUCGCUUCUGGACGCACUUGUUCUACGCAGUGCCAAAAUUACUCAAACCCCACCAAUUAUUCCAUGGGAUCCCUCUUCUUGGCUGGAAGCUAUUCUUCCUUGUAUCACCCAAGAUUUGCCCUUCGAACUCCUCGAUAUUCUGCUUCAGUUACUUAUAACAUUAUCGGACACACCCUUCUUGGAACCGCCUGUUUCAAUUGACCAACGAUCCGUUAUGGGAACCCUCCUCUCACAGUUAUUCCUUUAUCUUAAACCUUAUCAAGCCCCAUACCACGUUCGCAGUGUCCACUGGAUUUGGACUCUGGAGGACCGCACUCGUCAUGCACACGUGGAAUCCCUUAUCGCCUCGAGACUCUCUGAUGCGAACAUGAAAUGCGAUCCCAGCGCUUUCGACGAGUUUGGAGUGCUCUGGCGACACACGGAUGAUACUUUCCUUCCUGGAAUUCGGCUCAAAAUUCCUAUGCUUAUCGUACUCGAUUGUUUACGAAGCGGGGACCCAUCUCUCCGGCGGACAGGCGAGACGUGGAUGCGGACAUCCUUGAAAUCUUACCUACGUAUUCUGGAUCCCAUUUUGCACGAUCUACUAUCUCCCAACAUUCUCCGUGUUCCUCACACUGCUUCCUUCAACGGCCGUCAAAUCCGAUGCUUUCUGUAUCCGCGUGCAUUUGACCAAAACUAUGUCCAAUACUUGUUAGAAACAUUACUCGCGGUGACAAAGUUUGGUGGCCAAGGAUUCAUCCGGACGGCGCAUACUACCCCGUUAAGGCGAACGCACCACCCAACUCUUGUCUCCACCGCCGAGAAAGGGAACGUUUUACAUGCGGAGUCGACGUACAUAGACAGUUUAGUGGAGCUACUUCUUCACAGGUUUAUGCAAACGGAUCCCGCCCCACCAUUGGUCGUUGGGAUGCAACCACACAAUAUCCGCAUAAAAUCUACUUGUGUGGACCUGAUUCAAUCUAUAGUUUCGCGGGGAGAAAUAGAUUCAACGAGUUUGGACAACAUCGAGGCAAGCCUCAUUAGCCAGCUUUACAUUAGUGUCCACUCUAGACAGCUGGACUUACAAAACAAGCUGUUGCAUGCGCUUCACUCCGUCAUCGUUUCCUCGUCCCAUCCUCAAGGUGGUGCCCAGCGAUCAUUCGUACCUGAUGCCUUUCCUCCUGAUCGGGGUGAAGCACGUCGUAGCAUUCACCCAUUAUUACUUCCCACAAUUCUGGACGCUAUGAGCGUGUCAUCAAAUAGAGCAAUUCUUCAACACUGGAUCGAUUUUGUUCUCAUGACCCUGGCUGAACUGCAUGCACCGUCUCAAUUCAACCUUUCCGUGUCCGAAUGUAUCUGUCGACAGUUGCGCCUGCGACUGGCAGAGGUACUGCAAUUUUCUUCCGGAAGUUCCCCGAAGGGAAAAGCCACGGCGUUCUCGUCAACAACUGACAGUGGAUUUAUCACCCUUCUCAACGCAUUGGAGCGAUUAGUGCUGGCAAGUCUUGUGAAGAACGACAAGCAACAACUGGGGGACGAGUCGGAAGGGGAAAAGGGCGGAACUGAAUCAGCUCCCGGACUUCUUGGGUUUGUGUUUGGCUCCGAGCCAACGCCGGAAGUUUUGAAUGAUCAGAUCACGGCCAAGUCCCCGGGGUACCGGUCGCUCCGCGAGGCCACUCGAACACUGCACACAAUCUGGUCUUCGACGGCGGAACUGAAUCAUGAAUCUUCACUCGCCAUCAACGAAUCCCUUUCUCUGAUAUCUGGAAGAGUACGUUUGCGGUGCUCCAAGGUCCUCGAACGAUUUUUCAAGCACCUGAGCAACGAAGUUUUCGAGUUUCUGGUCGAGUGUUGGGUCGAGCAAGCCAAUAACCAACUGGGAAUGCCUGUAGAUAUGCGAACUAUCGACGUUGUCGAUGCCCUAGUAUACGACGCACGCACUGUAGUGCAGAUGACUUGCGAGGGUUUCAUGAACCGUGUUGUUACGCAGCUUGAUCGGGGCAAGAAAACGUUGCCCAACCCGGACAUAACCGAUCUGCAUCUGCUAGGUUUCUUGGAAGAUUAUCUUUCGCAUCUAGAGGGGCCGAUCGCUGUUCAGGUCUGGCCACGACUUGCUCAAACGGUCAGGGAAGUCGUUGCUACCCCUCAAGUAUACAGAGCGCAGAUGUUCCCGGUUUUAAGGUGUAUGACUGUGGCGUGUGAGAAAAUUGCCCAGACCUCAGCAAUGGAGGAUCGCAAACUUCGAAAAGAUAUUCAAGAUCUCUAUGUCAAAACGGUGGAUAACUGUGUGCUACUUGCCGGGAAGUCUUUUGACCAAGGCAAUUGGAUACGUCGGUCAACCAAAGAACCCGGAGUAUCAAGUGGCAGAGUUUCCCCUUCCAUGCCAGUCUUCUUACGAAAUCUAGAACAUGGGGUGAAUGGACAUGAGAGAUUGCUCGGAGCCGCCUCAAAUGAGACAAAAGCCGGGAUGACCGUUGUGGCAGAGCCGGCGAGUACAUCUCAUGCUUCACCAUGUCUUCCGAAUCUCCGUAAGAUUUUGGCGGAUACCGACAAGCAGCUGGGGGUGUGCAGCAACAUUGUGUACUACAUCGUCAACAACGCUUCCAAAGCGAGGUCUAGCAAAACAUUGGAUUUGGACGACUAUAUCCUCGAUCUCUUGUCUGAGAUGGUUAAGAUCCCAGGCUCAUCAAAAGCCUGGAAACCUGUAAUUCUUGACAGUUUCAACGAUGCACGGUUCUUCAAUAGCCGCCCUGCGGUUGGUCAGAAGUGGAAACCGCUUAUUAUGGCACUGGUAGAUUCAGACAAACAAAGCCUGUCUGAUCUAAUUGCGCGAACUACGGCAGCACCAUCAACGAAUAUUUUCACAAGUCGUGAGACCGAGAUGUUGCUUCGGUCCCUCAAUCUGCGCCGCCUUUCGUUUGUGUUGUAUUCUGGCGAAAAAAACCAUUUCCUGGUGCAACUUCCGACGAUUCAGGAAAAGCUCGUUGAUGUGCUGCGCAUGAUAUCUGUUUCGCCCAUCGUUCAAAGCGAGGCACGAACUAUUGUGUUCCUUUGCAUGCGAAUUCUUAUUUGUCGUUUGUCACCGCAUAAUAUGAAUAGCUUCUGGCCCACCAUCCUGACAGAACUGUACCGUACCUUUGAACAACUCCUCACAUCUAUUGCCCCUCCAGAUGGCUCUGAAGAACUCACAUUUGUUCUCUCUGCAUGCAAAUUACUCGACUUACUGUUGGUGCUCCAAACGGAGGAGUUUCAAGUGCAUGAAUGGAUCUUUACAACAGAUACAAUUGAUGCAAUCCUUCAGCCUGAUGGCUGGUCUCCUACUGCCCUCAUGGACCGCACAUCUCAAGCUGCCCAUGCAGUUUUGCGAAAUCACCUGCCGUCAAGUACCGGGACAACGCAGUUACGGAGGCCUCUGCUGCAUGCCAUCCGCAGCAUUUCUAGCCUCUCCCAGCUUGGCCCCUUCUUUUCCACCCUCAGCAUGCUUUCGUACGAAAGUACCUACGCUAGGAGCUUGAUUGAUUGGGAUGCAGUAGAGCAGGAUUUCUUAGAAGAAAUGUUCGAGGGGUUAUGA